AUACGAUCUGAGGCUAUAUCGGCAAUCAGUGGAAACAAGAGAUGCGGGGUUUAUCAUCGUUCGUAAUUUUCCUCGCGAUAGUAGUUGGAACAGCAGUAUCGAAACCAUUAUGGUCAACUUUAGUCGGCACUAAUUAUUUAUAUUCCACGCCUGGAAUCGGACAGCAGCCAUAUCUUGCAGCGUUUCAAAAUACGCAUUCUCCCUAUUACAUUUACAAUAUUUAUUCCAACACGGGAGGCAUACCGAACGCUCUUCAUGUUAGCGGCAGACCAGAGAUUUCUCACUUUCCUGAUUAUAAUAUUUAUUAUGGAACACCAAUUUACGAUAUCCGAAUUCCAUUAAAUCCUGUUUAUCCUGUGCUUACACCAUCUCGUCCAGAAAUUCCUUCGGUACUUCCGCCAACAUCGACAGAACAGUCUUUCGACGAAGACGAUUAUGACGGCAUCGAAAAGUUAGAUAUGAAAGUCGAUCCGGAUACAGAAACAAAAAAUCCAGAAAAUACAGAUAACGAUUCCAUUACUGUGGAAGCGAUAUAAAAUAAUCCUUCUUAAAAUACUUGUA